AUGCGCUCCCUUGCUAAUUCUCCAGCAACUGCCGCUGCAUCAACGUUACAGUCAGCUGAUAUGCUCCCAGCAACGAUGCAGGCUUCGAUGAAAGCAAUGGAGGCCCGUCCUAAAGCCGGCUUUGAAGCCCGUUUUGAAGCCCUAGAGGCUUUUAUUGGACAAAGUAAUGAAUUGAAUAGGCGUGCUAAAAGGUUAGACGACUUUGAAGCAGUCAAUAGACUAGAAAAUGACUGUAUACGUACAAGACCUGACAUGCUUGUGAAGCGAGUGAACCACAUUGCUGCGGAGCACAGUGUGCUCCUCGGCAAAGUUGAGCAAGUUGGUGCUGCUGUCCUUGACAGCCACCGUUCAAUACCUACAUGCUCGAUGGCAGCAGUGGGGCGUUUGCCACUUUGCUCACAAGAGAGCCUGAGUCAUUUCCUUGAACGCUUCAAGUCAGACAAAGACUGUCUGCAGCAAACGUCCAUGGCAUUAGCCUCCAUUCCUGAAGACGUUAGUAAAAAAGUUCGAUCGUUCAAGUUAAGUCAAUCCAAGAAGAACUGCGCCAUAAUAUGCAAAAUCAACACACAAUCUAUGGCAGUUGAGGUGGAAAAGGAAAUUAAUGAUGUUUCAAUCGACGAUCUACCUGAAGAGCUCGCUCCAAGUGAACCCCGAUAUGUAUUACUUAGCUACGUUCUGAGUCACGAUGACUCUCGCGUCUCUAAUCCCUACUGCCUCCUAUUUGUCAGUCCAAGAAGUAAGUUUACUGUUUACUGUUUUUUUACGCAACGUUUUCCUUCUACUCUGAAAGUGUUCCUUUUAGGGGGCUGCUUUGGGCUUUUUAAUGGCCUGAAACAUGCAAUAAACCUUGUUUAUACAAUGGCGGCAUGUUGUUAUGCCGUUUUGAGGUCUGAAAUAAAUAUUUUAGGUAGGGUUUUAAACCUUAUAUAUAUAUAUAUGUCUGAUAUGCCUAAAGAUUUGGGGUCCAAAUAUGUUAUCGCGUUCAUCGUCUCCCAAAUAAGAGAAUAA